AUGGUGGGAGGUCUAGUUCUGUCCCAGGCGCAGACGCACCAGGUCGCCACGCCAAGAACCGCCGCACCGGCACCGGCGCAGGCGUUGGAGAAGAGGCCGAGGGACCAGGCGCAGCCAUGUGGCACGGCGGCGGCCGUCUCGGUGCGGAGCUUGGACGAGGUCAGGAAGGCGCACGCGCGGCACAUCAAGCUGGGCCUCGACCGCUGCCCGCGGCACGCGCGGCCGCUGCUCGCGGCGUGCGCGCUCUCGGGCUGGCCGGGCGGCAUGGAGCUCGCGGCGUCCAUCUUCGAGUCGCUCGUCGAGCCAGAGGCCUUCGAUUACAACACCCUGAUGCGCGGCCACGUUGACAUGCUGGAGGCGGGCGUUGGGCCUGACAGCUACACGUUCCCGUUUGUACUCAAGUCAUGCGCGCAGCUCGCGGCCUUGCAAGAAGGGAGGCAGUUGCAGGCGCACAUCGUGAAGCUUGGGUUCCAGUACGACAAGCACGUGCAAAACAGCUUGAUCAGCUUCUACGGCAAGUGCAGUGAGCCGGCGAUGGCUCGUGUGGCAUUUGACCGGGCCGGGCUGUGGCGCGAAUGCCUCGAGUUGUUUGGCGCCAUGGUGCUCGAUGGGUGGAGGCCCGAUGAGAGCUCCAUGGUCAGCGUGCUCUCGGCGUGUGCGCACCUGGGUUCCUUCGACGUCGGGCGGAGCGUCCACUGCGCGCUGCUGAGAAACACUGCGAGGCUGAACACCAUCAUGCAGACGUCCCUGGUUGACAUGUACGCCAAGUGCGGCAGCAUCGAGAAGGCCACGGCGGUGUUCGACGCGAUGGACGGCAAGAACGCGUGGACGUACAGCGCCAUGCUAUCCGGCUUGGUGCUGCACGGGGACGGGCGGAAGGCGCUGCAGGUGUUCGACGCGAUGGUCAGGGAAGGCCACGCGCCCGACGCGGCGGCGUACGUCGGCGUGCUGAACGCCUGCAGCCGCGACGGUCUGCUCGAGGACGGGCUGCGGUGCUUCGACCGCAUGCGGCUGGAGCACAAGGUCGCGCCCAACGCACAGCACUACGGCUGCAUGGUGGACCUGAUGGCCCGCGCCGGAAGGCUGGACGACGCGCGCGAGCUCAUCGGGAGCAUGCCCACGGGGCCGACAGACACGGCCUGGCGAAGCCUGCUGAACGCGUGCCGGAUCCACGGGGAUCUGGAUCUCGCCGAGCGCGCACUUGAGGAGCUGAGGCGCCUCGGCGCCGCCAACGCCGGCGACUACGUCAUCGUCGCGGACAUGCACGCCAGGGCCAAGAACUGGGACGCUGCCGCCGCGUUCCGGACAGAGGCGGUGGACUGGGGCCUAGCGCAAUCCCCCGGGUUCAGCGCCGUGGAGGUACGCGGCGUGCUGCACCGGUUCGUGUCGCAGGACAUGUCGCACCCGCGGACGCGCGACAUCUACGAGAUGCUCCACCAGAUGGAGUGGCAGCUGCGGUUCGAUGGCUACAAACCUGACACGUCGGAGGUGGCGCUGGACGUGGGCGAAGAGGAGAAGCGGCGCGUGGUCGCCGCGCACAGCCAGAAGCUGGCCAUGGCGUUCGGCCUGCUCAGCACGCCGGAGGGGGCGCCGGUGAGGGUCGUGACCAACCUCCGGAUGAGCAAGGAAUGCCACGCGUACAGCGCGCUGAUCUCGGAGAUCUUCAGGCGAGAGAUCGUCGUCAGGGACCGGAACCGGCUCCACCGGUUCAGGCGCGGCGCCUGCACUUGCAGAGACUACUGGUAA